GACACGAAUGACUGUCGGCCCAUCUUUACGGAAGUUUGUUUAGUUUGAAAAAAACACUUGAAUAAGGAAACCAGGAUUUAAACUAACAAAGUCUGACUACAGCUGCUAAAUGAGAAGUUUAUUUGUCAGUGUUCAGUAAGUAAAAGCUGAAAUGUCUCACAUUAAAGAGUCCGUCGACAAACUGACCCGUGUUUAUGAGCGGUACAUCGAGUACGUGAGAAGGAACCCAGCUGCUACAGCACAGCUGGAAAGCACCGUGAGGACACUGUCAUACCUGAUCGCAGGGCGAUUUGCAGACUCCCAUGAAAUAUCUGAACUUGUUUACUCUGCCUCCAAUCUCCUGGUGCUUUUCAAUGACAGCAUUCUGCGCAAAGGGCUGAGAUGUUCCCUCCCUGUGUCUCUCUCUCAGCAGAGGCUCCUGACCUGGCUGUCUGUGCUGGAGUACGUGGAGGUUUUCCUGGAGAUAGGAGCCUGUAAGCUGUGGGGUGAAGUCGGCCGCUGGCUGGUGAUCGGACUCAUUCAGAUUUUUAAGACAGUUUUUCGCAUCGUGCUUCUCUUGUGGUAUAAAUCUGGUAUCCAGACUUCGCCUCCCAUAAUCCCCCUCGACAGAGGUGCAGAACUUGGCAUUGAAGAUGAUGGUAAUGGAGAGGAGCAAGAUGACACGUGCUUUGUGGGCCAGAGGUCAGGACGAGUCAUCAGGCCACUGGGCAGUGGUCUGUCCCUGCAGGCCCGGCUGUGGGGGGCACCAGGUCAGAGGAAGAGGAGAAACAGCAGCUUGAGGGAGAAGCUCCACAGCAAACCAACACACCUGGGGCUCCAGCAGACCAUCGCUGAGUCUGUGUACAUCAGUCGGCCUCUCGUACACUUACUCUGCCUCGCUGUGUGUGGAAAACAGUCCUGGAAGCCGUGGCUCGUCUCCGGAGUCCUUGAACUUUCCAGCUUCGCUGUGCUCAAUGAAACCAAAUUUCAGAAUCGAUGGGAGAGAGCAGAGAUGAGGAGGAGAACCUUUCUUCUGCUGUAUUACCUUCUGCGCUCACCCUUCUAUGACAAAUACUCUGAGGAAAAGAUUCUCUUCCUGCUCAGAGUCCUGGCUGAUCAUGUUCCAGGAAUAGGACUUAUUGCACGCCCUCUGAUGGAUUACCUUCCCACCUGGCAGAAGAUCUACUUUUACAACUGGGGAUAAAACCUGCUGGAUGUGUCUGGAUCUUUGAUGGGGGGGGGGUGACAACGAGGAAGGAACUGUUACUGGGCUGUAACUGCGGGUCCAGGCCACAGAGACAUCUGCUGUAACUCCCUAACAAUCAGAUACAAUGAUGUGGAGAUGGUUACCACUCCGGACUGACAGCAAGCACCUUCAGAAACAUUUCUUGAUUCAGAAGGUUGUUUCAGAGAUUAAACCGACAUGAUUAUCCUGACAUUAUUUUAAACAAUCAAAACUUUAUUUGGGCCUGUAGGAUCUUUUUUUUUUACUGACACUACAAAGAACUGUUUUGACCAAUGCUAAAGAAAAUGUUUGCCUUAUGAACUUAAUGAUUUAUGCAGUUGUCUGUACAGUGAAGUGUGUGCGCUUGCAUUUACAGUUUGUAAGAUUUGUGGCUAAAUGGUUUUUUUUUUGGUGAGCAAUGUGGUCUUAUUUUGUCGUCUCUCUCCAUUCCUGCCUAAAGCCCCUGCAGUGGUUGAUCAGACAGAAGUGUGCAGACUUCUUUGUUGAGAGUUGUUUCAGUGUCAGCAGAAAGCUGAAGGGGAGAGGUCGUCCAGAGUGACUUAAAACUGAGCAACAACUGAGAAGCACGUAAAGUCUUUCACCAGCAGGCCCCGGGUUUGAAUUAAAUUUUCAUGCAUUAAGAAGUGAGCUACUGAAAACCAGUGGAAGCAGAUUAAAGUUAACAUAAUGACAAGUGGUUGAAGUCUGUGUGGUAGUGCCAGAGUCAAAGACGUGAACGCAGCAGAGGUUUUCGAUCUUUAUUAACAUAUUGAAUAGGUUUCUUUUUGUAGCCUACAAAUAAAUAGUCCAAUGUUUCAUCCUUUCAGUCCA